AUGGUAUGGGUGCUCGAAGGUACAGACGGUGGCCAUUUUGCCGGCAAGCUCCUUUGGCUACAGCCUGGGAAGAUCUUCAGGCUUGGGCGUCCCAGUGCGACAAACCAGGUGGACAUUCCUGUGGAGCACAAGACGGUAUCGAAGGCCCAUCUUGAGAUCACCAUUGCCGUGCCGAAUGAGGGAGACGUGUCGCAACCAUCCAAACGGUCCGAAAUCACGGUAACAGACCUUAGCUCAAAGUUUGGGACAAGACUGGACGAGAGUGAAGUCACCGGACGUACGGUCAAGCUGGAAGGCCUCAUUCAUGUGUUGCAUGUCGGAAAGUGUCAUGAAGAUCUUCGGAUGAGAUGGAUCCCUAUCGUCUUUUGUCCCUCAGGAUUGAAGAGUCCAGAGACCAAAGCUUUACAACAGAGACUGCAACCUUAUGACAUCAAGGUGGCCAAGGAAUACAAUGCCGAGACCACCCAUAUCUUGACCGCAAAGCGCAAUACUGGAAAGGUCCUGCGUGCACUUAUCGAUGGGAAGUACGUGGUUUCUCCCACUUACAUCGACGUCAUACUGGAGAGUAUUCCGUCUAUAAUCGUCGAUUUCAACCUGCCAAACCCUCUGAAUUACCUUCCGAGCGCCGUCGAGGAUCAAGAUAGCUUAUUCUCUCCAGACAACUUUGCCCCACGGCCAGAGAGAAAAUCUGUCUUCCACAACUCCACAUUCAUCUUCUGCGACAAGAGGCAACAUGGACUACUGAGUGAGGCUAUCGAAGCAGGCCAGGGACGUUCAUUGUUCUACGACCUUGGCAAUACCGCAACGGCCAAAGACUUAGCAGCUUUCGCAAACAAACACGCUAAGGGCGUGAUUGUAUCUCCAGUUGGAGCGGAGGACAAAAUCCAACUUGCAGAAGAAGCAGCCAAAAUCAUCUGUCAAGCAACAAUAACACAGGACAAGUUCCUGGAUGCUGUCCUUACUGGAGAUGCGUCAAUCUUAGUCAGACCCAUGGAGGUCGAGAACACCGGUUUUGGUGCGCAGAGAAGAGGUGGUACGAUUAACACGGAGGAUUCCAGAGUUCCAGAAACGAUCGCGGAAGCCCCCGUCAGUCAUAGCAGCCGUGGGAAGCGCGAUGCACCUCUUGGCACGGACUCACAUGCUGCCCAGGUGCAGAUUGUGGAGACUCUUCCAAGGCACACCAUUACACGUGCAGACAAAGAGCAAGCUGCGAAUGAUACUGAGGCGUCAAACGUCGUGGUCUCAACGAUUCCCCAAACAUUACCACCCGCUGAUGCCCCAGUCGAUGAUCCCGAUUCAGCACCAGCAUCGCGCCCGACAUCACAAGAAGGUGGUCCAGUCAACAAGAGAGUCAGAACGCGACUAACCACAAAACCGUCUGAUAUUCUUGAUGAUCUGUUUUCCUUCAAACCGCCAUUAACGCAAAGAACGGGUACUAGCGCGGCUUCGCAAAGGACGACUGGGGCGACGCAAAGCAAAGCAGCUGCUGCUGAAAGUCAGCGUGCACCUUUGAAUGAUGAUAUCUUUGGCCUUUCCCAAAUGUCUCGCACCCUUGCCGGGCAAGCAGCAAGUCAGCCAGCUCCGUCUCAGAGUAUAGCAAAUACGCCAAUGCCUCACAAGCGUUCGCGCCCUGUCGCAGAAGAAGAAGAGGAAGACUACGAUAUCGCACCCGCCGCGACAGCCCUCAAAAGACGCAAACUCGAACAGGAAUUACGCGAGGCAGCGACUCAAAGCUCCGCGACGCCGCAACUUCAGGCUGCACCUUCGCAAGCCGUACCAGAAACCCAAGAUGCAGCCAGUGGAAAGAGCAAGAAACGCAAGGCCGAUGAUAAACCUGAUGACAUGAUCUUAGCUGUGGCACGAGAAGCCAAGAGGAAGAAGGAAGCCGCGGCCGAAAACGAGAAGGAAGACCUCCUUCAAAGCAUAAAGGACAUGGAAGGGCUACGAAAUAUGGGCACGGUGGAGUAUUUCAAGAUUGAUCCUACUAGACUUGGCGGAGAUCAGUGGCGACGUGGAGAGAGGAGUUCUCGGUGGAAGCCAGAGUGGGAUGGGCGACCAAAUUAUAAGAAGUUCCGAAGGGCUGAGCGCGUCACUCCUACGGGGCCUACAUCGUUCGUCCGUAUGGUCGAGCACAAGUCGAAGGAUUUUGGGAUCGGGGACGGCUACUGGAUGGCCGGCGAGGCGCCCAGAGCAGCCAAGAGUGCAGUUCGAUCUUCGGCCGCCCGCUCUCAAAAACAGGCGUCACCGGCUGGGGACUACAACAGUAUGCAGGAUGAUACACAGUUCUCCUAUCGUCGAUCUACGUCGCGGAAUACUCAGGCAUUAUCGGCGGAUUCGGGGCCAUCUACCAUUACAAAGAAACCACCUCUGUUCAUGCCCCAAGAUAGCGAUAAAGAGGACAGUGAUGACGAGGACGAUUUGAAGUUUAAGUUCAAGAAGCGUUAG